GUCAAACCUACAUAGAGCACUCCAAAACUAAUCUAGAACAAGGUGACGCGUCAGUAGCGCCCGGCUCGAUCUCCAUUGCUGCCAUCGUCUCGGCUUCUCACCCACGCGGUGAAGCGAGAAGGCAAGCAUGGAGGAGCCGCUCCUCGCCGCAGCGACCGGGACGGGAAAGAAGAUCGGAGGUGGCGAGGAGAGCCUGGCCGUGCGCGAGGUCAAGAAGCAGCUGUACCUCGCCGGGCCGCUCGUCGCCGGGUUCCUCCUGCAGAACCUGGUUCAGAUGGUCUCCGUCAUGUUCGUCGGCCACCUCGGCGAGCUCGCGCUGGCCAGCGCCUCCCUUGCCACCUCCUUCGCCGGCGUCACGGGCUUCAGCUUGCUGGCAGGCAUGGCGUGCAGCCUGGACACGCUGUGCGGGCAGGCCUUCGGCGCGCGGCAGCACCACAUGCUCGGCGUCUACAAGCAGCGCGCCAUGCUCGUGCUCGCGCUGGUGAGCGUCCCGGUGGCGGCGGUUUGGGCCUACACGGGCGAGAUCCUCGCGUGGUGCGGCCAGGACCCGGAGAUCGCCGCCGGGGCCGGGAGCUACAUCCGGUGGAUGAUCCCGGCGUUGUUCGUGUACGGGGCGCUGCAGUGCCACGUCCGGUUCCUGCAGACGCAGAACCUCGUCGUGCCGGUGAUGCUCAGCUCCGGCGCCACCGCGCUGUGCCACCCGGCCGUCUGCUGGCUGCUGGUGCGCGGGCUCGGCCUGGGCCGCAACGGCGCGGCGCUGGCCAACGCCAUCUCCUACCUCGCCAACCUCUCCUUCCUGGCGCUCUACGUCCGGCUCUCGCCGUCGUGCAAGGCCACCUGGACGGAGUUCUCCGCCGAGGCGUUCCGCGGCAUCCCCGACUUCCUCAAGCUCGCCGUGCCGUCCGCCGUCAUGGUCUGCAUGGAGUGGUGGUCCUUCGAGCUCCUGGUGCUGCUCUCCGGCCUUCUCCCCAACCCCAAGCUCGAGACGGCCGUGCUGUCCAUCUGCCUGAACACUAACGGCUUCGCGUUCAUGGUGCCGCUCGGACUUGGUGGCGCCAUAAGCACGCGUGUGUCGAACGAGCUUGGCGCGGGCCGGCCAGAGGCGGCCCGGCUGGCAACCCGGGUGGUGGUGCUCCUGGCGCUGGCGGUGGGCGCGUCGGAAGGGCUCGCCAUGGUGCUGGUGAGCAACCUCUGGGGCUACGCCUACAGCAACGAGGAGGAGGUGGUCCGGCACACCGCCAGGAUGAUGCCCAUCCUCGCCGUGUCCCUCGUCUUCGACGGCCUGCAGUGCGUGCUCUCAGGUGUUGUUAGGGGCUGCGGCCGUCAGAAGGCCGGCGCGUUCAUCAACCUCGCGGCGUACUACCUCGCCGGCAUCCCCUCGGCGUUCGUGUUGGCCUUUGUUUGGCAUCUAGGAGGAAUGGGGCUCUGGUUCGGGAUCAUGUGCGGGCUGGUGGUGCAGAUGCUCCUGCUGCUCUCCAUCACAUUGUUCACCAACUGGAACAAGGAGGCGUUGAAGGCGAAGGACAGAGUUUUCAGUUCUGCUCUUCCUGCAGACACGGCAGCAGCAUGAGGUGGUCUAGUGUAGAACAGACAAAAGGGGUGCGGUUUUGCUGGGAAUAACGCUCGAGGCAUCGAGUCAAGUGGUCUUGUGUUGAUGCCCGUACUGUUUAUUUUUUUAGGUGGUCUGGUCGUCCACGUGUCUUCAGUAAAACAUUGAGGCACGAAUGCAAGUGAUGAUCUGUUCAAACACCAAACCAGAAUACUCUCUGCUCGAAACUUUUUUUUAUA